CUACUCAGGCUGAGGUUACAGGAGGUUAUACAACACGACUCGCAUCCUACUUUCUUCAUUAUAAUUAUUGUUUUCAGACAGAUACAUCACCAUGAAUCCUGAUAUCAUGAAAGAGCGGCAAAACGCCACUUUUAACAUCGAGAAGCUGACCAACAUUUUGGACGGGGGCCCCGAAAAGACCAAAAGACGCCGAGAAAUUGAGUCAAUGGUUCUCAGCGAUCCAGACUUUCAGGAGGAGGACCAAAAUUUCCUGUCUCGCAGUGAGCGAUAUGACCAGGCUGUUAGAAAAAGCGCCCAAAUGAUCCUGAAGCUCAGAGAGUAUGGCAUUGCAGACCCUGAGGAGAUCUACAUCUACAAGAAAAUGGCGCAGGGCAACUAUCGUGAAGCCAUGGGGCUACACUUCUCCAUGUUCCUCCCAACCCUGUACAACCUAGGUGACCCUCAGCAGUCCAAGAAAUGGAUACCUCUAGCAGAGUCCUACCAGGCCGUAGGCACAUAUGCGCAAACUGAGCUGGGUCACGGCACACACCUCAGGGGGCUGGAGACCACAGCCACAUAUGACCCCGCCACACAGGAGUUUGUGUUGAACAGUCCCACAGUCAGCUCUAUCAAAUGGUGGCCUGGAGGACUUGGAAAGACCUCAAACCAUGCCAUAGUUCUUGCCCAGCUUUAUACUCAGGGAAAUUGCCACGGUCUGCAUGCUUUCAUCGUACCAAUCCGUGACAUGAACACACACAAGCCCCUGCCAGGCAUUGUGGUUGGAGAUAUCGGCCCCAAGUUUGGCUUUCAUGAAGUUGAUAACGGCUUCCUGAAACUGGAGAACGUACGAAUCCCACGGGAGAAUAUGUUAAUGAAAUACGCCAAGGUGGAGCCAGAUGGGACCUACAUGAAGCCGCCCAGUACCAAACUGACCUACGGCACCAUGGUGUUCAUCCGCUCCCUGAUUGUAGGCGAGUCAGCUUUGGCCCUCUCCAAAUCCUGCACCAUCGCCAUCCGCUACAGUACUGUUCGGCACCAGUCUGAACUCCGACCGGGAGAGCCAGAGCCUCAGAUCCUUGAUUACCAGACGCAGCAGUACAAGCUGUUCCCUCUGCUGGCUACAGCGUAUGCCUUUACUUUUGUUGGAAAGUACAUGAGAGAGACCUAUCACCGCAUCAGUGGAGACAUCCACCAGGGGGACUUCAGUGAACUGCCCGAGCUCCAUGCCUUGUCUGCGGGUCUGAAGGCCUUUACCACGUGGGCAGCCACUUCUGGCAUCGAGGUGUGCCGCAUGUCAUGUGGUGGUCACGGCUACUCUUGCAGCAGUGCCUUCCCGGACAUUUACGUCAACUUCACCCCUACGUGCACCUACGAGGGCGAGAACACAGUCAUGAUGCUGCAGACUGCACGAUACCUGGUGAAAAGCUACCGGCAGGUUAAGGCAGGACAGCAGCUGAGUGGCCUUGUGUCAUAUCUGAAUGAACCAAAGCAACGGAUCCAGCCCCAGACUGUUGCUGCCAGACCAACAGUGGUUGACAUAAAUGACCUGGCAAGCCUGGUGGAGGUCUACAAGCAACGAGCUGCCAUUCUUGUUGAGCUGGCAGCUAAGAGCAUCCAGCAGGAGUUGCAGCACAGGAAGAGUCAGGAGGACGCCUGGAACAACAGCUCUGUUGACCUAGUCAGAGCCUCAGAUGCCCACUGUCACUAUGUUGUAGUGAAGCUCUUCACUGACAGCCUGGGGGAGAUCGGAGAUAUUAUGAUCCACUCUGUGCUGUCAACCCUGGCUCUGCUCUACGCCCUGCAUGGCAUCAAAAACAACUCUGGAGACUUCCUAGAGGCUGGACUGCUGAAUGUGCCACAGGUGCACCAGACUUCUGUUCGUAUCAAGGAGCUGCUAAAUCAGCUGAGGCCCAACGCUGUUGCGCUGGUAGAUGCAUUUGACCUCCACGACAAGAAGCUGAAAUCAGUCCUGGGACGAUAUGAUGGGAACGUCUAUGAGAACAUGUUCGAGUGGGCCCGCCGCUCACCCUUAAACGCCACAGAGGUCCACGAAUCCUUCCACAAGUACCUGAAGCCCCUGCGGGCCAAACUGUGAGCUGACCACGGUGCACCACGAUUCCUGGCUGUGACCCUUCAACUCUCGCCUCAUAUCAACCCCAUGAUGGCCAUCACUUUCAAUCACUGCUGGUGUUUUCCAGUCUGAUGGCAUUUAGCCUUCCCUACUCUACUCUCUCUACAAGUGGUCAAGCUGAACACCUUAAUGAGUCACUCUAAAGGCCAAUGUGUACUUUAACCUUUUUGAUCACAGCUGCCUACAUUGAUCUCUUCAGUGAUUUGCGAUGAUGGGGAAAAUCACUAUUUGUUCAACCUAAAAUUAAUUAGAUUAAAAAUUGACCUAAAACCUCUAAUGAAAUCAGGAUUUUGAGCCAAAAAUAGUUACGAAUGCUGAAAACAAUCAAGUAUUUGCAGUUUUAGAUGGCCAUAUUUUCUGUAGAGAAAUUCCUUCAUGAAGUUUCCUUGUAUUUCAUUUUUUUCCCAUCUUUUCUUCUCUCUCUGCUUUGUGCCUGACGGCUCCUCUCUGUGAGCCAGCCAAGAUGGAAAUGCCAUCUCUCUCUUUCUUUCUUCUAACAAGAACAGAAUGUUAUUAUCAAUGUUACAUAAUGUAAGAGCGUUUUAUGUUCGGAACAGACCAACAGCAAAAUAAGUUUUAGUUGUUUCCCUUGAUAACAAGGACCAACAUGUUAUUUGAAAGGACACUGUGUAAUUUGUUAUUAUUUCAGAGGCAAUAAUUAAUCCAUGACAUUUAUUAGUUUCUGGAGGCAACAAGAAGGAAAAGCACAAGCUUGAAGCAACUUUUCCUCCUAAGUCUGCAAGGACAACCCCCCACCUACCCUCCGUACCCGUAACUAAUAGUGUAUUAUGACUGACUUAAAUGGCAGUCAUAAUGUAGUUCACAUUGUAAAAAACAGCCUAUCAUAUUAGAGCAGAGAUCCAAUCAAGUAAAGACAUAAAAAUGAAAUACUGUGACAAUACCAUUUUUAUGUACUUUUCAGUAGACAGAAUCUCUGCCUAUACAGUUUAACAAUGCUUCAGAGCAGUCAGAAUAAAAAAAAUUACUAUGCCUUAAAAGUCGCUGUCCUACAUUAGACGUGUUUCCAUUCACAUAGAAGAAGAAUGCUUCAAAUCUUCCAGUUGCUGUAUUUUAAUCGCUAAAGGUUAAAACAAUCUCAGCUCCUCCACCUGUCACAUCUCUUGCUGUAUAAUAAAUAACAUGGUCCUACUUUAGUGAUCCAUUUCACAGAUACUAGUGUGCAGGUUAUACCCGACUCCACAUUUAGAGAGAAGAGAGGCUCAUCAAAUACAAUGUAUGUGAGACAGUGGAAUGAUUUAUGAAGACACUUAGUAAUUUGUUCAUGGCAACUCUCUGCUUGUGCUGUGUGUUUGAUUGUCAGAGUGAUAGACACUAUUCUAUGCGUCCACAUGCUUCUGAAUGUGAUUGUUGGACAGGCCACUUAGUGCAGAUACUAGUGGAGUAUGUAAAAUGUGUACAAAAGCACCUGUGUAAUAUACACUGUAUAAGUGAUUUAGUAUUCUCCCUCCCUGCUGUGUGGGGUUGAUAUAUUCUACAGAAGGGUCAAAAUCCCGGCCAGCAUCUACAUGGAUACUUUUUUCUGAUUUUUAAUCAAACACAUUUCAAACUACACACUUGAAAUAAAUCCGUUAGUAAUAAGCUAAUGUAGAAAUCUUCUGCUUCUUACAUGAUGAAAUAUGUGCACUUUUUAUUUUUUAUUUUAGAUUGAUGCUUCUCUAUCUGUUAUUACAAUGAAACAAAUACAGUUUUAGAAAAAACUUAAACUGACCUAGCAAGCAGUAGAAUAUUCCAUAGAAUUGGUGGAUUUGUGCUUUAUCUGAGCUUACAGUAGUUCAUUUUCUAAUAAAGAAACCUGAUUCAACAGUCAGUUUGUGUAACUGUAAUUACACGAUGAUAAAAAGGAGAAAUGUAAUCUAAAGCCUCACUGUGAACUGUAAAGCUGAUUUGUGGGAUGAUUAUGUGCCUGAUGAAAUUGUCUUUUCUUACUGUAAUUAAUUGAGAAUGGUUUCUCAAGACUCGUAGUAUUUCAUUUCUGCAUUUGUACGACUUUUAAUCCGUUAAUUUCUGCAGUAUGGCACGAUUGUCAAUAUGUGAUGACUAAGCUCUUGUGUGAUAAUGUUUUAUUGAAUAAUGAUUUUAAACAUGAUUUAAAUACUUUGACCAGUAAGUUAUAUUAAUUAAAAAAAAACUAAACAAUCAA